AUGAUCGACUGGGUUCUGGAAGCUGAGGAGGGGAAGGAGACGGAAAGAGAAAACGCAGAAGAUGAAAAUUUAGAGAGUGUCUGCGAUAACAAGAGCGUCCAAUCACCGUCUGAAAGCUCAGAGCAACCGUCUUCUUCGCACAGUCAAGACAUCCUUGGUGAUCAGCAAGCAGCUAGACGGGUCGAGGAUGAUGAAGAGAAACUCAAGACUUCACUGAGCAACGCCAUUGACAUCUGCCUGCAGCAGUGCAGGGCAAUCAUGGAGCUCCAGAGUGCGAACCAGCGACUGGUGGCUGGAUGGAACAUGGCGAGAGAGCAACUGAUAACGGAACGGGAGAGGAACUCGAGCUUGCAAGCACUUCUGACCGAGAAAGACGAAGAGAUCGCUCUCUGGAGAAAGAUAGUAGAACAACUUGAUGGCAGACUAGCAAGCAUGGAGAAACAUGACCCAAAUCGUUCGUUCGAUGAACAAUAG